ACACAUCACAUAUUCACAUGUGAAGUACAAACAAGAAUGAACAAGGAGAGAUAAGCAUCCCUAGACUAUUUAUGUAGCUAAUAUUGGGUAGUCUCUCAAAGUUUACAACUCUUAUAGAAAAUGGAUCAAAUUAAGCAUAGCCACAUUGAAGUAACAGGGUUGAAGCUUCACAUUGCAGAAAUUGGAACUGGAUCAAGAGUGGUGAUUUUCCUACAUGGUUUCCCAGAAGUAUGGUACACGUGGCGUCAUCAGAUGGUUGCUUUAUCAAACGCCGGUUUCAGAGCAAUAACACCUGAUUUCCGAGGUUAUGGUCUCUCCGACCAACCAAUUAAUCCACAAACGGCGUCGUUUAAGGACCUUGUCUGUGAUCUCCUUGGUAUUGUCGAUCGCCUAGCCAUCUCUAAGGCAUUUCUGAUAGCCAAGGAUUUCGGAGUAAGACCUGCAUACCUAUUUGCACUUCAACACCCUGAAAGAGUCGCAGGAGUAAUCACAGUAGGUAUUCCAUACAUUCCUCCAGCUCCUUCAACCUUCCAUACACAUCUACCUGAAGGCUUCUACAUCUCUAGAUGGCAGGAAACUGGAAGAGCAGAAGCUGAUUUUGGCCGAUUUGAUGCCAAAACAGUGGUUAGAAAGAUUUACACCAUGUUCUCCAGGAGCGAAAUACCAAUAGCUAAAGAAAACGAGGAGAUUAUGGAUUUAGUAGGACCGGAAACUCCUCUACCCUCUUGGUUUUCUGAGGAAGACCUUGCAAAUUAUGGCUCCUUAUAUGAGAAAUCUGGAUUUCAGACUGCUCUGCAACUUCCUUACAGAUCAAUGAAUGAAGAGUAUGACAUACCUGAUCCUGUAUUAAAGAUCCCAUUGCUGACGAUCAUGGGUGAAGAAGAUUACUUUCUCAAGUUUCCAGGGAUACAAGACUAUAUAAACAGCGGGAAGUUAAAAGAGUUUGCUCCUGAAUCCGAGAUCAUAUUCUUACCUCAAGGCACUCAUUUUGCUCACGAACAGCUUCCCCAAGUAGUUAACAAGCUCAUCCUCAACUUCUUGUGUAACCAUACUAGAAGACUUGAAAGUAAUUAGCUCUGUGGUUAAAGACAUCGAUUCUUCAGGUCAGGGUUUUUUUUACCAAAAGUUCGGCUGGAGAAAACACCUUUCAUGACUCAGUUGCAUUAUACUUAUGGGCAAGGAAAUAUAUAAUUGUGUAGGGUCUUAUUUGAUUCGUUUCGAUAAGUACUUUCAAAAUAUCAACUUUUUAUAAUUUUUACAAAUAUAAAA